AUGGCUACACUGAAUGACUUGUUGAAGGAGUUAAUGUUGUUGGAUAAGGAUAGUGGCGAUAAUGAUGGUGCUCAACAUAAUACAACUUUGGAUGAUAAUGAUCACAAGUUAAAGACUCCAAUUGAUGUUUAUAAUAGGUUGUGUACAGACUUCCCAACACUAACAUCACGUCAACUACAAUUGUUAAUAGAUGACCUAAAGUCAACUUUGGACACACUCGACAAUGCUCAACAACAACAAGCACGUACUCAACAACAGACUUCAUCAUCAUCAACAUCAUUGGCACAACAAUACAAGUUCACAAACAUACUUGUUAGUACUCUAUCAGAGUACUCAUUAAAGUAUAACUCAAUGCUAAAGAACAACAAUAUCAACAACAAUGACACGAGUCAGUCACAGACACAGACACCAACACAACAACAAGAAAGCACACUACUGGCCAACUGUUACUCAACACUAUUCUACAUGUUCUUUGUCAGGCUUCUCAGGUUCAUACUAAGAACCAAGGACUCAAAGGUCAUCAUCGAAUUCUUAAAUGACUACUACAUUGAGCAUGAGAGUGAUGAUGAUGUAGAUGAUGUCCACGAAGAGGAGGACAACAAAGAUGAUGAUGACAAGAUUAGAGUGAUCAAGGACGAUGAUGAAGAGGAUGGAGAGGAGAACUAUCUCGACUUUAAUGUUGGUUCACAUGAUUUCCAUAAGGAGUAUCAUCAACACGAAACAAGAGAACAACAAGACGAUUGGACACUGAUAUGUAACAAGUUAUUGAACAUAUAUCGUCUGGCAUCAUUGAGUUAUGACAAUGUAUCACAAGACACCGUUUGGGAGGAUCACUCUAUAAUGGAGGACAUCAAGGAUAUUGUCCAAUCACUGUUUGACACUGACAGUGAACAUCUCAUGCCCAUGGUAUCACUCAUACCCCUGUUCAUCUACUUGCUCAGGGAUCGAGUAUUGGCCAAACCAUCAGAGCUACCCUAUGUGCUACCACAACUCAUUGAUAUACUUCACACCUCUUCGUCCUCUUCCUCCAAUGAGCCGCAACUUCAACAACUAUCACCAUUCCAAUCAAAGACAUUGCUUACGGUACUUGACAACAUGGUAUCGAUACCUCAUAAGCUGAUGCCAAAGCGAUCAUCAACACAACUCACUCAGACAAUUGUUGAUAACCUGGCACACAUAGUCAGUCGACUGGCUGGGUGGAGUAGUAUACCAAUCAACCAGCUAUCCAACAUUCGUUCCAGCUCUGCCAAGGAUGAGCUUGAAUGUUUAUCCAGAAUAAGUCUCUAUGUUCCAAUGCAGAGAUACAAUGAUUGGGACAACAUAUUCCAGUCCAAGACACUAUUCUCCCAAUACCUAACACUAUCCAUCAAACUAUUGAACAAUCCAAUGGAUGAUGGUGAGAUAGCCAAUGUCGAGCCAUUGAGAUGGUUAACUAGUGCUUGUUGUCAAUCUAUUCGAUUGACAAAGUUUAUACAACUAGUACCAGAGUUCAUCGGACUGUUGGAGAGCAAGGAAUCAUUGUUCCACUCAACACUAAAUCAUUAUUAUGUAGUGUGGAGAUAUCUCUUUGAAAGAUAUCCCGUCAAUGUUAAUGCUCAAGUUCAAGCCCAAGCCCAUGACAAUGACAAUGUUAACGUCAAUGCAGUCCAAAUGCUAUGUCAAAAGAUUGAUAUGUUUACCAAGUCUAUAUCAUAUGCCAAUAAGGAUACCAAGCCAUUACAGCAAGCAUUACAAAUACUUCAAUUGUUGUCGAUCACAUGGUCCUCACAAGGUGUUGUCCAACAACAACAACAACAACAAAACAAUUUCGACAAGCCAAUUGAAACAAGUAUGCGAUCAAUGGAGAAGAGAGUGAUCAAUGAGAUCAUGAAGUUGCAAGCGGCAUCCAAUAUACGUGCGCAGAUUGCAGCAAUACCGUUACCAUCAGUAAUUGAACCGUUGGCAGAUACAUCUAUACAGCGACAGGAACAACGAUUAGACGACCUUCUCAAAGCAGAGUUGGUCCAACUCCGAACGAGUCUCAAGACACUCCUCGAAAUUCAAAGUGGCGACUCUAGUAAAAGAUCGUGA